AUGAUUUGUUGGCUCGGUUUCCUAACUGAAAGCGGAAGGCCGACGAUCUGGCAAUGCCUUCACCAAGCGAGACAGGUCCUUUUCCUAGUCGAAAUUGAUACUGCUGAGUCGGAAGAGAGCGAGGUGGAAGUCGCGCCCGUGCUUGAGGUCGGCUCCAAAAUCAACCAUGAAGUUGGAGAAAAAUGGGAUCGGAAAGCAUUGACGAAGAGAACGCCUAAUCCAGCGCGUGACCAAGGGAAUAACCUGGGGGAUAUGCCCAAUACAAGAGUUCUACCAGCAACGCUGGAGAGGACCCCCAUUUGUCUCUGUCUAAUUGAGAUACUGGAUGAAGAUGCCGAGUUGAGCGCCGAUCGCGAUGCCCAUGAGCAGAAUCUCUCGAAGACAUCAUCGCACCAAGCCAAGACUAUCUCAGCUCUCGGCAACCCAGCGCCUCAGUUUUGCGACCAACGGCAAAGUCUCAUCGACAAAAUGGCGGACGAUGGCAUGAUUCUCAAUUUUGACAUGGGCAGCGGCCCUGUCAAGCCCCAUGUUAAGAUUCAGGGUGGUCGCUGGCGCGACAGGAAUAAGGCCAACCGGAUUGCGAAUAAAGGCACUGAAAAAGAGGCUUCAUCAACAGCAAAAGACGAUGCCCCGCUACCGCAAAGAUACACGCCUGGAUCCAAGAAACCCCAGAGGUCAGACCGCCCUGGUGACGACGACGACUCUUUUGAGCGCCCGGCAAAGCGAGCGCGGCCAGAGCAUCCUCAUGCGACGGCUUACCGGACUGGAAAAAUGCCGCCCGGCAGCAUCGCGAACAAGCUGAGAGACGGCCAAAUCUCAUCGAAGCUUUUCUCUUACAACCCCACGCCAAAGACUGUCUUUGAUGAACCCGGUGCUGAGAAGGUUGAGGAGAAGGUCGCUGAGCCUUCAAACGCGCCGCUUUCCGAUGAAGCUGCCAGCUUCCACGCCCUCGGUAUCUCAAGACGACUGGCGUUGACGCUCUCCGGCAAGAUCCAGCUCAAGGCACCGACAGCUAUUCAAGCCAAGGUCCUUCCUCAACUCAUCAAGGAAGACAGCGAUGCCUUUGUGCAGGCGCAAACAGGUUCCGGAAAGACCUUGGCGUAUCUGCUGCCCAUCGUCCAGCGGAUUCUGUCGGUUGAGGGCCAGAUCAAGAGAGACUCGGGCUUGUUCGCCAUUGUCAUGGCGCCUACCCGUGAACUUUGCAGGCAGAUCGAGCUCGUGCUCGCAAAGGUGCUCCCGCCGUACCUGGUCAGCACAACGGUCAUUGGUGGUGAGAGCAAACACUCUGAGAAGAGCCGCCUGCGGAAAGGUGUCAACAUCCUCAUCGCAACCCCCGGUCGUUUGAGCGAUCACCUCGAGCACACCAAGACUCUCGACGUCGGCACCGUGAGGUGGCUGGUUCUCGAUGAAGGCGAUCGUUUGAUGGAGAUGGGUUUCGAGGCGGAACUGCGCACCAUUGUCGGCAGGAUCCGUGAAAAUCCCUUGGCAGACAAGACAGCUAACGGCGUGUCGCUCGCCAACCUUCCACAGCGUCGCGUGACCGUUCUUUGCUCGGCCACUAUGAAGAUGAACGUUCAGAAGCUUGGCGAGAUCAGUCUGGAGGAUGCGGUUCACAUUACCACAUCAGGAGAAGAGCAUGUCGAGGGAGAAGAGAUCAAGUUCGAGGCUCCGGCGCAACUGAAGCAGAACUACUUGAUUGUGCCAGCCAAGUUGCGGCUCGUGACGCUCAUAGCACUUCUGAAGUCCACAUUUUCAAGGAAGGGGUCGGUGAUGAAAGCCAUCGUCUUCUUUUCCUGCGCCGACUCAGUCGACUAUCACUUCGAUCUCCUCCGUCAACCGCCGAAGAAGGAAGAGAGCUCAACUGAUAACGCAACGUCUGCAACCGCAAAUACCGUCGCGUCUUCGGCGUACAUCACAUCGGCGGCGAACACAAAUAUUGUCCUCCACAAACUGCACGGCUCCCUCCCUCAACCAGUCCGUACGGCUACGCUGGCGUCUUACAGCAAAUGCACAGACCCGACAGUCCUACUCACUACCGAUAUUGCCUCCCGUGGUCUCGAUGUGCCCUCCGUCGAGCUCGUAGUCGAAUACGACCCCGCCUUCAGCGCAGACGACCACGUCCAUCGUAUCGGUCGUACAGCGCGUGCCGGUAAGCCUGGUAAGGCGGUCCUCUUCCUCAUGCCUGGCUGUGAAGAAGGCUACAUCGACCUCCUCAAAUCCAAGAACGCUUCACCUCCCAAGCCUGAACUCUACGACACUAUCUUGCACAAGGGCUUCACGACAGGCAUGGAGUUCCCCGUUGAGACGGAUACCAAGCCCCAGCCCGCGACCGACAGGGGCUUCAGCAAUCGCGCCGAGAACUUGCAGCUUCACCUUGAGCAGCGGCUUCUCCUCGAAUCGGCAACGAAACUCCUGGACGAGGCUCGUAAGGCCUUCCGGUCGCACGUCAGGGCGUACGCGACCCACAUCAAGGACGAGCGCGUCUACUUUGACAUCAACGAGUUGCACCUGGGUCACUUGGCAAAGGCGUAUGGCCUGCGUGAGGCGCCAUCAGGCAUCGGACGUGGCGGCCACGACAGCAAGAAGGCGGUUAUGAAGCAGAAGAACGCCGGCAAGAGAAGAGGAGACAGCAGGCCCUCGGGUGGCAACGCGAUGGAGGAUAUCGAUACUGGUGCUGAGCCAAGCGAGAUGGAGAGGAAGAUGAAGAUGAAGAUGAGGGCUUCUCACCUGGAAGGCGCGACGAGCUUCAUCAACCACAGCGAGCUGAUUGGACUGCUCAUUACAGGCAGUCCCAUGACGCGACGACUCCCCUGGGACCGUAAUGCACUGGAACGGACGGCAACCCAGAAGAAACAGACUGCAACGACACCUCGCAGAACCGCGACACCGAAUCGGGCUGUGUCUCGAGCAACAACAGCUGCUGCAUCGCCACUGGAUCACUCGAAUCAUAAACCGGCCCGCUCGAAUGGUUUCCUUGAAGGCAGAAGCCCUUCGACUUCACCACCGCCGGAACCUCUCACAGAAACCGCUCAAAAAAUGCACAGGUUCAUGAUAGACGGUCUCGAAAACGACGACAAAUAUCGUAUGGUCGAGGACGAGCUCGUCACAAUCGCAGGCCACUUCACAGCACACCUCCACGCAGCAGAAUACCAGCGCCUCAAAGUCCAAACACGCACCCAAAACGCAGAAACCAUCAAGACCAUUUCCCGCCCCGUAGUCGGGUCCCUCACCGAGCUCGCGCGCAAACGUCAGGAGGAGCUGCUCCGUAAGAAGAAGCAGCGCGAGGCGCUGCGCCGCGCAAAGAGGGACGCCGGCCGCGACGACGAGGACACUGGGGAUGAGACGAGCGUGCCGUGGCGGGGUACGUCGCUGCAGGGGCUCAUGCACAGUCCCAAAAAGAAGGAGGUGCCGCUGAUGGCGCUGACGAGGCCGGAUUCAGGGGUUAGGACAUCGGCUUCGGGGCUGUUUGGGGGCGUGGUGAGGUCUUCUCAGAGUAAAAGGCCGGCGGCGCCGGCGAAGAGGAGUACGCCGGUGGAUGAGGCGACGACGGAAGAUGAGAGUGAUGACCUCGGGGGACCUGUCAAAGCUCCGCUCAGGAGGGACAUCGAACGCAAAAGACCAGCUUAUCCAUCAGAAACUAUUGCAGAGGCCCGAAGCCGACCAAGCAAUCAGCAACGAACGACGCAUUCAAGCAGCGCGCGACUACCCGAGGCGAGAGCGUCCUCAAAUGGCCGAGGGCCCUUGGGAACAGUGGCUCCGAAACCGGUGUCAUCCGUAAGAGUGGCUACAAACACACCGCCUACGAACGAUGAAAACGAAGACGAUGACGACGAUGAUCUAUUUACUAUAUUCAAGAACCGGAGAGCCAACUCGAGGCCUCAACGGCGAGCUCCCGUCAAGAAGGAAAAGCCAGACUCAAAGGAAACCGGAGAUAUCAUUCCCUCUCUUUGUAUAAUCUUUGAGAACCGUCUCUCCAAACUCAUGUACUUGGCACCGCAUCUCGGCACAGUUGGAAUAACCAAGUGGAAGAGUAUGUAUACGAGUCCCAGGUUACCGUGGGAUCAUUAUGUGUUUCCCGCCUACCCUACCAACCCUAUCAACCGUGUAGCACCUUUCUCCGACGCACCUAUUGACAGAUACAUGCCUACCAUCCACAUCCACUUCAUCAACAAACUUCUGGCCCUCCAAAACCAGACCUCGCACCCCCAGCAUCCUCCUGAGAUACGACAGGAAACGUCCCAACCCCCGAGUAUGGCUUCGACGAUGGAAGAGGAGAUUUACCUCGCCAUGCAACAUGUCUUCUCCAAAAAGCACGCCGAGAUCCGUCACCCAAAACCCAUCCAACGCAGAAUUCACGCUUGCUUGGGCCCAGCGAUCAAAGCCCUUGACUUGAAAUAUACUCGGCCAGUCGUCGUCAGUACGUGCCAGAAACUCCUGGAGGAGAAGAUCUUCGAAACCAAAUGGAAGGCCGAGCAGCGGUUUCCUCAGUUAUUCCAACAACUCCCGGCUUCAGCACAAGUAGUAGCUACACCAGCGAAUGCGCCAGAGACGCCGGAAGCUACGAGACAGGAGAUAGAUUGGAAGGAGGAGAUCGUGGCGCUCAUUUCUGAGAGAAAGGCGGAAAGGACGCCUCGGCUGCAAGCCGCUAUUGUAGGUCCAGGACGAGAUGCUGAAGUAAGUAUGGCAGUUCCGGGGUCUUACACUAGUCAGGCUACAGCGGACGUGGGCGACGCGGCAAGCACCACGACCAGCAGCGACACCGCCAUCGCCGAGUCAACGGCAACAGAAAUAGCGCGACAACCACCUAUAGAGACCACAGCUUUCCCCGUGCUUUCCGCCGCCUUCCUAUCGUACGAAGCCCAACAUGCCCUCCUCACAAGGAUCCAAAGCCUUCUAGAGAAGGCCUGCUUCGACUACGCGAAGCAGGCGCACCCCCAGAUCCUGGAAGCAGGACAAUGGGAGUCGCCCAAGUGCGUCGAACUUCAGAAGUGGGUGUGGAUCUUCAAGAACGAGGUGUUUGAUACAUUCCAGGCUGAAACGGUACCCCCGCCGCAUACAGACUGGCACGCCUUCUUCGAAUCGAUCAAGCAGAUUCGGCACAAGGCCGUGCAUCGCGAGGUUCUUUGCGUCGCGGAUGUGAAGGCGUACCUCGCUGACGCAGAGAGCCUUGCAAAGCUGCUACGACAGGAUGAGUGUUUGGCUAAGCUGGGGUUCUUGAGGGAGGAGACGGAGAUGGUGCUGGCGGUUUCGGAGCGAAAGAAGGACGGGCUGGCGGUCAAGUAUCAGGCCAAGUUUGAUGAGAUUGGGGUGCGGAGGAAGGAGCUGGAUGAGCUCGAGAAGCGGACGAGGGAGGAGAUGGUGCGGGAGCAUAGGAGGAUGCAGAGUGAUCUCGGGUUUGGGUUAAAGCUUGCGGUCUCGGAGAUGAAGGAGACGGAGGUCCCGGGGAAGGGAGGUGAAGUGGGAGGGGAUGAAGAAGAAGGCGCGGGCUCUCGGGGACUUGCCGCUGGCCUCUGGAAACUGAUUUCUGACUGGUUGACGGUUCAGAUCACGGUCAUUUUGCCCCCGAUCGACUAUUCCAGCAAUCCCAGUCCCGACCUCCCUCGACCGACCUCCGACAUGCCGCCCAAAACGCCCAAGCCCAAUCGCCCCACUGGCGUCAGUAGCGGUGCCCUCGAUCUCGACGAGGUCGUCCUCGACGAGAAGCCCACACCUCCGCAGCUCGCGCGCUCGUCCAAGAACAAGACUGGCAAAGCUAGAAGCGCCAAGGUCAAGUCCCACAAGCACUAUGGCUUCCCGGAGUCCGACUUCGUACCACACCCUUCCUGGACGGUCUCCGAUGGCAGGUCCGCGGUCAAGGGCGCCAACUUCAACUUCAACUGCGACGAUGUCACGCAAGUUCUCCAGUGGCCCGAGGGAAGCCACAACCUGCGUCGCCACGGCGAAAUGCGUUCAGACAUGAUGGGGCUUGAAGACCCCGCAACGAUGCCAGCCGUCAAUUUCUUGCUCCAAGAGAGAGCAUUGGUUUGUCUCAAGCUGACUCCCGCCAUCUGGGGCUUAUUCACUGCUGCAUACCAUCCCAACGACUUGGAGCCUCUCUGCGAGCCCUGCCACACUGGACGAUGCUGUUUUACUGGUCAUCCCAACAAACCUGAGCGGGUGGAUUCACCAAAUUCCCAAAUCUUCACCUUCAGUGGCCUCCAGAAGACAUACUACGCAUAUCACCGAGACAUCGAGGAGCAGGCAUCAAAGUGGAAAAUCACCGACAUUCUUCAUUAA